AUGACACCAAGAAAACUUGCAUUCAUUCACACUAUCUUCCUUCUCUGCUGUUCUCUGAUGUUCAUCAUCAAACAGUAUUCCAAUGCAGCAACCACCAAAAAUUCACCCUCUGCACUUCCAAGGUUACCUCUAGUGGGAAAUCUGCACCAACUUGGUUUGUUCCUACACCGCACACUCCAAACUUUGGCUAAAAAAUAUGGCCCUCUAAUGCUACUUCAUUUUGGAGAGGUAGCAGUACUUGUGGUCUCAUCUGCUGAUGCAGCGCGUGAGUUGAUGAAAACUCAUGACCUGGUCUUCUCUGACAGGCCACAUCUUAAGAUGAAUGAUGUCCUCAUGUACGGUUCCAAAGACCUCGCAUGUUCCAUGCACGUACGAAGAAUAUUGGAGGCAAGUACGGAGUUUGAGUGUGUCACACCUUCUCAGCACCAAAAUGGUUCAAUCCUAUCGCGGUUUGAGAGGAGGAAACAGUGUUGUAGUGAUUUGUUGCAUGUGAAUUUGACUGAUAUGUUUGCUGCACUUACGAAUGACGUGACGUGUAGAGUGGCUCUGGGAAGGAGGUACUGUGGGAAGGAAGGGAGGGAGUUUCAGAAUUUGUUGUCAAGAGUUUGA